GCUUGCGUCGCGUCUCCAGCGUUUCGCGUCAAACUAAAAACUUGAGAAAACUCACCUCGAGACCCUUGCGUUCCGCUCCGCUUCACUCCGUCUAGCAGCUUUUAAACACAAGAACGCGCCCCCUAAGAUGCCCAAGCCGCUAAGUAGACAGCUGACUAGAUUCUGAGACAGCCCAUAUUCAUAGUGACAAUCUGCGUUCAAGAAGGACUUUCCUGAAUUGCAGGUAGACCCGUCUGAAGCCAAGGAGGAAAAAUCAUGUGACGCUUACAGAAGAAUUAGGAUUUUUUGGGGGGGAAGCUUUUGAGAAAAACUUCAUCAAGAGAAAGAAGUUGGUUCAAACCCGGUUCGGCUCAGGGAGAAUAAUGGAUCGUGUUUCGUAAAGGCAUUACUGACUCCGUACAGGUGUGUCGACGAAUGCAGAGGAGAUGGAGAGCUGUUGGAGAUGGUGCUACAGGACUUGCAUCUGUUGCUUGUCUGAAGAUGAGAAGAACGCCAUCACCAUACACAACGAAAUCAAAAAAAUCCUUGCAGAUCAGAAGAAACGAGAACGCAGAGAAAUCAAAGUGCUUCUAUUAGGCACUGGAGAAAGCGGGAAGACGACUUUUAUCAAGCAGAUGAGGAUUAUUCACGGCAAGGGCUUUUCUGAAGAAGACAGGCGUGGCUACACUAAACUGGUUUUCCAGAAUAUCUUCACAGCUAUGAAGGCUCUGACAGUGGCCAUGAACACCCUAAAGAUUCCCUAUGCUAACACGCAAAACGAGAUAUAUGGGAAACAGUUUCAGGAAGUGGAGAUCUGUCAGAUGGCACAUUUGGACAGAAUGUAUGUGGACGCUAUCCGCCGACUUUGGGCUGACGAAGGUAUCAAGGCCUGUUACAGUCGUCGUAGAGAGUACCAGCUUCUGGACUCCACAGAUUACUAUAUGACAAAUUUGGACCGUAUUGCGGCCCCAGACUUCGUCCCCACAGCCCAGGAUGUGCUCCGAGUCCGAUUCCCCACCACAGGAAUCAAUGACUACUCCUUCAGUGUGGAGAAAAUCACCCUCAGGAUUGUGGAUGUGGGUGGCCAGAAGUCUGAGAGGCGGAAAUGGAUCCAUUGCUUUGAGAAUGUGACAUCCCUCAUAUUUUUAGCCUCCCUCAGCGAGUACGACCAGGUGCUGGAGGAGAAUAACAAGGAGAACCGCAUGAAAGAGAGCUUGUCGCUCUUCUACACCACCAUCCACUCGCCGUGGUUCGCCAGUGCCUCUAUUAUCCUCUUCCUAAACAAGAUGGACAUCCUGGAGGAAAAGAUCAAGACGUCAGACCUAAAACCUUACUUCGGAGGGUUUGACGGCAAACGGCGGGACACGCAAGACGCCAUGGACUUCAUUCUCAUUAUGUAUAAACAGAGGGCUGUGAGUGCUGAGACAAAGGAGUGCAAAAACAUCUACCCUCACUUCACCUGCGCCACGGACACCAAUAACAUCCGGAAGGUUUUCAAUGACGUGAAAGACACUGUCCUUAUCAAGUCUCUGCAGGAAUAUGGAGUGCUCUGAGGAUUACGUAUUGCUUCUGCCAACCUAAUAAACUGAGCUUGGAGGGAUGCGCAAAUUGAUGGCUUGAAUUGUUUUUCCUUGUGCCACCUCUAUGCAGCCUUCCAUUUCUUUGUCUUUUGGUCCACCUAUUCCUAUAUUCCUACUUUUUUUUGUCAUUUUGGUGGAUUAAAACAUCAGAUUCUUA